AUGCUCUCAGAAUUGCAUGUACUUGCCUAUCCUAUCUCAUGUGAUAGGCCUUCUUUUGUACCAACCCUUGCUUGUGACCACUUGUUCGGAAGACCUAGUCUCUUUUUUGUUUUGCCAAACCGAUUUCAGGACUUCUCCCGCUGCCUCAGUCGCCUGCCUUUGGAGUUGCGGGCCCAGCUGACCAACAUUGAGUUCGUCAACAACGGGGCCGGCAUUAAGAAUCCAAUUGCAGCGAACCCGAAGCUCGAGCGAGAACUUCUCAAUCAAAAAUACGGUAAGUCAAAUCUUUUAAUAGCAACCGUUUACUAG